GGUGGAUCAGCUAGGCUAAUUUAGAUUGGAGCCCUUAAAGGAAACCAAGCUGCGGAAAUCAAGCGGUGCUCCCGUUUUCUCGGCGCUGGGAGAGCAGGCCUCGAGAAAAACGAGUGGAUGUCCUGAAGUUAGUCGUGUCGUUAUCAGUAGCAGAAAAUUCUGAAGUGCAGCCAAGUUUCCGAGAAUCCUGGCACCCUUUCUGGAGAAAGAUGAAGUCUAUCGACCUAGGAAAAGAAUACAUAAUACCCAGUCCUGGGUAUAGAAACGUGAGGGAGAGAGCCGGUUCUCCGGAACAGUGUAAAGAGCCGGGAGAAUUGAAGUUCAAGCCGUCACAUCCGAUGGAAUGCCAUGAUGCCUUGGAAUCUGCAGCCCGAGCAGAGGGUCUUUCACUGGAUGUCUCCACACAUUCCCAGCUGAGAAUCCUGGAUGAAGGGCAUCCCAAGGGCAAAUACCAUCAUGGUAUAAGCGCACUGAAACCCUUCCGGACAACCUCCAAGCACCAGCACCCGGUAGACAACGCUGGACUCUUCUCCUCUAUGACCUUCUCUUGGCUCACUCCUUUGGCCCGCAGAGCCUACAAGAAGGGGGAGUUGUUUAUGGAGGAUGUGUGGUCUCUGUCCAAGCACGAGUCUUCCGAUGUGACCUGCAGAAGACUAGAGAGACUGUGGCAAGAAGAACUGAACGAAGUUGGGCCGGACGCUGCCUCCCUCCGAAGGGUCGUAUGGAUCUUCUGCCGUACCAGGCUCAUCAUCUCCAUCGCGUGCCUGAUGAUCACGCAGCUUGCUAGCUUCAGUGGACCAGCCUUCGUGGUGAAGCACCUUCUGGAGUACACCCAGGCGCGGGAGCCCAACCUACGGUACAGCUUACUUUUAGUCCUGGGCCUCCUCCUGACAGAAAUCGUGCGCUCCUGGUCGCUGACCCUCACCUGGGCACUGAACUAUCGCACUGGCGUCCGCCUGCGAGGGGCCGUCCUGACCAUGGCAUUUAAGAAGAUCCUCAAGCUGAAAAACAUAAAGGAGAAGUCCCUGGGGGAACUCAUCAACGUGUGCUCCAACGACGGGCUGAGGAUGUUUGAGGCGGCGGCAGUCGGCAGCCUGUUGGCCGGAGGGCCCAUCAUUGCCAUCCUGGGCAUGGUUUACACUGUCAUCAUUCUGGGGCCCACGGGCUUCCUGGGAUCAGCCGUCUUCAUCCUCUUUUAUCCAGCCAUGAUGUUUGUGUCACGACUCACCGCGUAUUUCAGGAGAAAAUGUGUGGCUGCCACAGAUGAGCGGGUCCAGAAGAUGAAUGAAGUUCUCAAUUACAUUAAAUUCAUUAAAAUGUAUGCUUGGGUCAAAGCCUUUUCACAGAACGUCCAAAAAAUCCGAGAGGAGGAACGCCGAAUCUUAGAGCGGGCCGGCUACUUCCAGAGCAUCACGGUUGGAGUGGCCCCCAUCGUGGUGGUGAUUGCGAGCGUGGUGACGUUCUCUGUUCACAUGAUCCUCGGCUAUGAUCUUACCGCAGCCCAGGCUUUCACAGUUGUCACCAUCUUCAAUUCGAUGACAUUUGCUCUGAAAGUAACACCAUUUUCAGUGAAAUCUCUCUCUGAGGCAUCCGUGGCUAUCGACAGAUUUAAGAACCUAUGUCCAACACAAGGCAAGAAGACCUUCCUUUCUGGCUUAAAUAAGAGUUUGUUUCUAAUGGAAGAGGUUCACAUGAUAAAGAACAAACCAGCCAGGCCUCACAUCACGAUAGAGGUGAAAAAUGCCACCUUGGCGUGGGACUUCUCCCACUCCAGCAUCCAGAACUCGCCCAAGCUGACCCCCAGAAUGAAAAGAGACAGGAAGGCCACCAAGGGCAAGAGGGAGAAAGCCAAGCUGCAGCGCGAGGGACAGCAGGCCGUCCUGGCCGAGCAGAAGGGACACCUUCUUGUGGACAGUGACGAGCGGCCCAGCCCCGAGGAGGAGAGCAGACAGCUCCACCUUGCCAACCUUCGCUUGCAGAGGACACUCUACGGCAUUGACCUGGAGAUUGAGGAGGGAAAACUGAUUGGAAUCUGUGGCAGCGUGGGCAGUGGAAAAACCUCCCUCAUUUCCGCCAUCUUAGGCCAGAUGACACUGCUGGAGGGCAGCAUUGCCGUCAAUGGGACAUUUGCCUAUGUAGCCCAGCAAGCUUGGAUCCUCAAUGCCACGCUGCGAGACAACAUCCUAUUCGGGAAGGAGUUUGACGAGGAAAGAUACAACAUGGUACUAAACGGCUGCUGCCUGCGACCUGACCUGGCGAUUCUUCCCAACAGCGACCUGACCGAGAUCGGUGAGCGGGGAGCCAACCUUAGCGGCGGGCAGCGCCAGAGGAUCAGCCUCGCCCGGGCUCUGUACAGCGACAGGAGUAUCUACAUUCUGGACGAUCCCCUCAGUGCCUUAGAUGCCCACGUGGGCAACCACAUCUUCAACAGUGCCAUCAGGAAGCACCUCAAAUCCAAGACCGUCCUGUUUGUCACUCAUCAGCUGCAGUAUCUGGUGGACUGCGACGAAGUGAUCUUCAUGAAAGAGGGCUGCAUCACUGAAAGAGGCAGCCAUGAGGGACUGAUGAACUUGAAUGGGGAUUAUGCAACCAUUUUUAAUAACCUCCUCCUGGGAGAGACUCCCCAUGUUGAGAUUAACUCGAAGAAGGACAUGAGCAAUUCACUGAAGAAACCACAAGAAAAAGGUCCUAAAGCAGCCUCAGUAAAGAAAGAGAAGGUGGUGAAGACAGAAGAAGGACAGCUGAUCCAGGUGGAAGAGAAAGGCCAAGGCUCCGUGCCCUGGUCCGUCUAUGGCAUCUACAUCAAGUCAGCCGGCGGUCCCUUGGCGUUCCUGGUCAUCAUGGCCCUCUUCAUGCUGAAUGUGGGCAGCACGGCUUUCAGCAACUGGUGGCUGAGUUACUGGAUCAAGCAAGGAAGUGGGAACACAACGGUACUCCGAGGGAAUGAGACGUUGGUGAGCGACAGCAUGAAGGACAACCCUCACAUGCACUAUUACGCCAGCAUCUACGCCCUCUCCAUGGGCGUCAUCAUGAUCUUGAAAGCCAUUCGUGGUGUCGUUUUCGUCAAGGGAACACUGCGUGCAUCUUCCAGACUCCAUGAUGAACUUUUCCGGAGAAUCCUUCGCAGCCCCAUGAAGUUCUUUGACACCACUCCCACGGGGCGGAUCCUCAAUAGAUUUUCCAAGGACAUGGAUGAAGUGGAUGUCCGCCUGCCGUUCCAGGCCGAAAUGUUUAUCCAGAAUGUCAUCCUGGUGUUCUUCUGCGCUGGGAUGAUCGCGGGGGUCUUCCCCUGGUUCCUGGUGGUGGUGGGGCCCCUCGUCAUCCUCUUCACAGUCCUGCAUGUCGUCUCUAGGGUGCUAAUUCGGGAGCUGAAACGCCUGGAUAACAUCACCCAAUCGCCUUUCCUCUCUCACAUUACAUCCAGUAUUCAGGGACUUGCCACCAUCCACGCCUACAAUAAAGGGCAGGAAUUUCUCCACAGGUACCAGGAACUGUUGGAUGACAACCAGGCGCCCUUCUAUUUAUUUACCUGUGCGAUGCGGUGGCUGGCCGUGCGGUUGGAUGUGAUCAGUAUCGCUCUGAUCACAACGACGGGGCUGAUGAUCGUCCUGAUGCAUGGCCAGAUCCCCCCGGCUUACGCCGGCCUGGCCAUCUCCUACGCCGUGCAGCUAACUGGUUUGUUCCAAUUCACGGUCAGACUGGCAUCUGAGACAGAGGCGCGCUUCACCUCCGUGGAGAGGAUCAGUCAUUAUAUUAAGACCCUCACCCUGGAAGCUCCAGCUCGAAUUAAGGACAAGACUCCUCCUCCAGACUGGCCUCAGGAAGGAGAGGUGAUCUUUGAGAACGCAGAGAUGAGAUACAGGGAGAACCUUCCUCUGGUCCUGAAGAAAGUCUCUUUCACCAUCAAACCCAAAGAAAAGAUUGGCAUUGUGGGGCGGACAGGCUCAGGGAAGUCAUCUCUGGGGAUGGCCCUCUUCCGACUGGUGGAGUUGUCCGGAGGCUGCAUCAAAAUCGAUGGGGUGAGAAUCAACGAUAUCGGCCUCGCCGAUCUCCGGAGUAAACUCUCCAUCAUCCCUCAGGAGCCGGUACUGUUCAGCGGCACCGUCCGGUCAAAUUUGGAUCCUUUCAACCAGUAUAGCGAAGACCAAAUUUGGGAUGCCUUGGAAAGAACGCACAUGAAAGAGUGUAUCGCUCAACUACCUCUGAAGCUUGAAUCUGAAGUGCUGGAAAAUGGCGACAACUUCUCCGUGGGGGAGCGACAGCUCCUGUGCAUAGCUAGAGCUUUGCUGCGGCGCUGUAAGGUUUUGAUCCUGGAUGAAGCAACCGCUGCAAUGGACACGGAGACCGAUUUGCUGAUUCAGGAGACCAUCCGGGAGGCCUUUGCAGACUGUACUAUGCUAACGAUCGCUCACCGCCUGCACACGGUUCUGGGCUCCGAUCGGAUCAUGGUGCUUACGCAGGGACAGGUGGUGGAGUUUGACACUCCGUCUGUCCUUCUAUCCAAUGACAAUUCUCGAUUUUACGCCAUGUUUGCUGCUGCGGAGAACAAGGUUGCCGUCAAGGGCUAACCUUUCCGCCGAAGUCACUUUAAUUUGGAGCGUUGCCAUUCCCUGCCUGGGGCAGGCCCUUCACGGUCCCCCCCACCCCCCCGCCCCCGAAAUCAAGAUCUCUUGCCUUUCCCCGUUUUAAUUUUCACCCAGCGGUCAGGACUGACUCGCGUGCUUACGUUUUCAGGCGCUCGGUGGUUUAAUUAUCGUCUUUAAUCCCGUACUCAUGGAAACUCAAGAUUUGUUUUUCGUCCUGAAAUGCACUCCAGAUGGUUCAGGGAACCAGAACUAUAACUGUAUCAGAGGCCUAUAAUGAAGCUUUAUACGUGUAGUUAUAUCUAUACAUAAUUCUGUACAUAGCCUAUAUUUACAGUGAAAAAUGUAA